AUUGGAUAAGGAAAUAUUUUUUGUAUAAUAUAUGUAUAGUACUAUCUUAGUGUUGCUUAUAAAAGCUAUGACUUAACCUUUGAUGAUAAAUAUUGAACAAUUUUAAUGUGUAUAGUCUAAUCUGUACAUCAACAUGAAGAGUGACAGUACUCUAGUAUUUUUAUUUCUCAUGCACCAUGAAAUAUUAUGUAUUGGUCAUUACCCAGGUACAUUAAUCAAUGCAUCGUUUUCUAAAAAACACUUAAAGUCGGCUGAAUUUUAUAAAAACAUUUAUACUGGGGUCAAAAAUGAAGAAAUUAAUAAACCUGAAUAUAUUACUUCUAUGAAUUAUAUGAGAAAGUCUAAUAAACAGCGUGAAAACAAGAGUAAUGCAGCUUUGUUGUGGGAUAAAAAAAAUUGCCUUCCAAAAUCAACAGCUCUUUUUCCUGUUCCAUCAGAUUGUAGAAAGUAUAUAAGAUGUAAUAAAGGUCAAGGUUCUGUCAACUCAUGUGCAGAAGGCACUUUGUUCAAUCCUAAUAGUUUAAAAUGUGAUUCUCCUGAUAAAGUACAAUGUUUAAAUAGAAAUUCAUCAGUAUUUGAAUCAUUGUUCCCAAACAAAAGUUCUAGUCCGAAUUUUGAUUUAAAUACUCAAUUUACAAACCGGUAUCAAUUUCAAUCUACAGAUAAAUAUCAACCUCAAUCUUCUAAGCCCUUACCUGGAACACAAUUCAUUGUUGACUUACAAAAACCAAAAGUGAUCAAUUUUACAGAUUAUUCUGCUUCUGUUUUAAACAUAAAUUAUAAUUUACCAGUUGGAGGUAAUAAACCACUAGUAGGUUCUAAUAUUGUUGUCAAUCAACCUGUAGAUAAAUUUAUUUAUCAGUAUCGACUUCGACCUACUAAUCCCUUACCUGGAACACAAUUCAUUGUUGACUUACAAAAACCUAAAGUAAUCAAUUUUACAGAUUAUUCUGAUUCAGUUGUGAAAAUAAAUUAUAGUUCACCAGUUGGAAGUAAUAAACCAGUUGGUUCUAAUAUUAUUGUCGGACAUCAGUCUACUAAAAUAUCUACUUAAAUUCACUAAUUAAUUAGUUCAUUUAAUAUUUAGUUAUUAUCUAUUUAUAUACUAAAAUAGCUCAUCUUGUUGUCAGUCUACUAAAAUUUGUAUUGUAUUAACUUAAUUUGUGAUAUAAAAACUUAGGUCAAUUAAUUCAUGUAUUUAUCUUGAAAAUUGUCAAUGAUAACAUUAAUUUUUGUUUAAAUUACAAUUUUUCGUAUUAUAAUUACUAAUUCAGAAUCGAGUAUUCAAUUACCUAAUAUAUGAAAUACAUUUCAUUUAAAUUUCUUCAUCAAUUUUAUAAGUUGAAUCACCAGCUAAUUAAAUAAAUAUAUAAGAAUUAACUUGGGUUUCAAAACCUCUGAGACUGUUUAGGUACUACACUAGUUGGGUCUUGAAUUAUUUAAGUAUACACUAGUUCCUGAAUAUUUUUUGGUAAAUACUACA